CGUCAUCUGUUUUUACUCUUUCUUACCCAGUAGUACUAGUAGUACUAGCACUAGUUGGUAGUUCUUCCAGUCCUUUCCUUGGCAUGACCAUCUGUCUACAUUCAAUACAGAAAAAAUAAAACCACAAUGCUCUCAAAUUUUAAACUAACCCAGUCUAUCCAAAGAAAUUAUAUCAAACCCAUUUCAUGUCAUACUAGAUCCUAAAAGAUGACUCCGAUUGCGCGAUCUUCUUCCCGCUAGUUAAUUGAUCCAGAUCCGGAAGGGAAAAAUUAUAUUGGAGACCUUCAAACUUGCCCCUCUUUUUUCUUCGUUUCGUUCUUUUCGACUCCCUUUGAUUUACAAAAUCUCAGACAACGCCGUUUGAGUUUACAAAAAUCGCCCUUCCUUUCUCUUUCUUCUCUUGGGCGGCGCUUGGUUCAUUCUCGCCUUCGCUCUUUGUUCCUUACAUCCCUAAACUACUACCCUUUCGAUCAUUGGAACCCCACUUCACCAAUCGGUCCAUCAUGGCCCAAGCAGUCAAGGACAACAAUGACCAUCUGGUCCAAUCUUCUGAUCCGCAACACCCCUCCAACCUGAUUCCAGAACUCUGUCGCAAGUUCUAUAACUGGGGAUGGGUCACUGGCACUGGUGGUGGGACGUCGAUCCGGCGCGGAGAUCAUAUUUUUAUUGCGCCAUCCGGUGUGCAGAAGGAAUUAAUGCAACCGGAGAACAUCUUCGUUCUCCAGUUCCCAACUCCUAAAUAUCCCCCCUCCGAUCGCAAAUAUAUCCGCAAGCCACUCGAUCUGAAGCCAUCGGCCUGUACCCCUUUGUUCCUCGCAGCCUUCGAGCGUGGUGCGGGCUGCUGUAUCCAUACUCACUCCCAGUGGGCCGUCCUGGUGACGCUUCUAGUAGAGCGUGAGAAAGGCCCCGGAGCCUACUUCGAGAUCAGCAAUAUUGAACAGAUCAAGGGUAUCCCUCGCGGUAAGGGUAAGGGUAUGCUGGGCUUCUUUGAUACUCUCAGGAUCCCGAUUAUUGAGAACACUGCAUUCGAGGAGGAUCUCACCGGAAGCUUGGAGAAGGCCAUGGAGGAAAACCCCGACACUUACGCGGUCCUCGUAAGAAGGCACGGAAUUUACGUCUGGGGAGAUGAUGUUGCCAAGGCUAAGACGCAGUGCGAGAGCUUGGAUUAUUUGUUCCAGCUUGCCGUGGAGAUGCACAAGCUCGGUAUUCCUUGGGUUAAGGAAUAGAUGACCUUUAUAUGCGCGAGCCGAUCUUAGUACAAAAGACUCCUGUCAUUGAAGACCUUGAAGGAAGUUAGUAGAUCGAGUCGCUAUAUCUUAAGGAUACCACUAUUAUGAUGAUGAUUUGAUAGGUUGAAUGAAGAGUACAUAGGCAUUCAAAGCGCAUUGUGUUUUUUGACAAGUAUAUUGGAAUAUAUAGUAGUAGAGCAUACCCUUAGAGGCGAA